GGCAAGGUAGCGGAGUUCGCGCCGCGUGCGCACGGCGCAGUAGCUAUAGGUCGUCCGCGGCUCGCCAGAACGAAAGCGCCGGCGAACGCUUGCUGUCGAAGCUGUUGGCUGGAUGACAGAGGAAGCGGCCGUAUCUCAAGAACUCCCACCCCCUUGCGCAGCAGAUCGUUCUCCCCCCCUUUUUUUUCUCUCACUCAGCAUCCUGUACACGCGUCCGUUUUCCGCCGUCUAUACGAAGAGGAACAACGCCGGGUCCGCGAUCAGCCUGCUGGUCGUUUCCACCCUGCAAUACGUCCGAGGGACGACGCGAGCCUGUUUCACGCCGCUGGAGCUUUAGAGACUGCUGAGCCUUCGAGUCGGUAGAACUCGCGAACCGACAUGGGAAAGCCAUCCGAAGAGGACGGCGCGACAAAAAUUCAAGCUAACGUCGGCUAUGCCAAGUCCAGAGAUGGCGUCUUCCAGAUCAUCGAAAUGGUGGUGGGCCUGGUGGCCUUCAUCUGCGUCGAGUCCGUGGCCGAGUGCCGAGGUGCCUUCAACUGCGCGCCUCCCGGCUGCGUGCACUCGUACCGCUUCUUCGCCUUCGUCAGCUUCGCCAACGUGCUCGUAACGGCCGCCAUCUUCGCGGCACGCAUGCUGGGCGCAGCGCACCGGGUGCCGGUGCCGGUCAGAUAUCGGCCGUUUGCGGAACGCCUGUACCUGAUUAUAACAAUCGUUUUGUACUUCUUCGCGGAUGCCUUCAUCAUUGCUUUUCACGGGAACCGUCUCGGAUACCAGUGUGCUGCUGUGCUGGGCGUAGCCACACUGGCCGCCUACUGCGUCCAUUUGGCGCUACUGAUGGCCGAGGCGCCGCUGGGUCAGCUCCUUCCCAAGCUGAGCGCCAAGACCAAAGCGGGCAGUGGGACCAAGGAGGACAGCGGGUCGCAGCUUUCGUGGGAGCCGCCCGCCGGAGUCGACGACGCCGACGGCGCGGCGCCUCAGCUGGGGCCCGUGGUGCUGCGACCGCGCCGCUCGUCCGUCGACUCCGGAGGAGGCGGCGGCGCCCGCCGGCCGGAACCGCCCGAUUCCAAGUCGUCCCCCUCGUCGCUCACUUCGUCCCGCAGCUCCUCGGACUGCGCCGAGACGGCUAGCGUGCACAGCGCGAACUUCGUCACCGUCAACCUGGACGACGUGACACAGCCGCCCGGCAGCAGCGAAGUGCCGUCGUGAAUGACACGUGUACGGACCACGUUUCGGCCGCCUCCGACAGGGUGUCCCAUAUUGGACAAUAAGCUGUGAUAUGCAUUGCCCGUGAGCCACAGGGACGGCGCGCACGCUAUGUUAUCGCUUUGUACCAUUCAAUGCGCGCGCGUUUCGUCUCGGCUGGUUCCGCGCAGCCUCUUGUGGAUCGCCUGACGCGCUAAAUGGUCUGAGGUCUCACGAGACAACGUGUUUCGUGACUCACGACCUAGGCGGACGCGAACACAGAGCGGACACAGGAACGCGCGCCGCGCCAAAGAAUCAACGCCAACCAAGUUAUUACGUAUACGCAAUUUCAAAUUCUUGCAAAGAAUGCUACUCAGUACUCACAGUGCCUCGUAUACAUGCGCAUCGUGUGACAGAUGUCGAUAUAUUUUUAUGUGAUUCUGUCGUGUGGUUUGCAGAACGAACUUAAUGAUAUACAUUCCAAAGUGAUACUGACAUGCAGUGAUGGUGGUCACAGUAACAAACCAUUGAAACAAUGCACCUUCAGCGUGCAACCAUGCAUGCUUUAAUUAUUGACGAUGAUAUUUUCUUUUAUGACAGGCUGAAUGUACUUGAUUUAUACGUCUUUGUACAAAUACAGCGUAAUUUGUCAUGAAAUAAUAAAAAAAAAUGUUUGCAGCAAC